CCAAGCAGGCAACCUAGUCAUUGUAAAGCCUGACUGACCGAGCAAACGACAGUGGAGAUAGUUGUGCAGUGCGCUACAAAAUAGAACUUGUGGUUUGUUGAUUUGUUCUAUAGGUAAUACGGUGACCUGUUGAUAAAACAAAACCUAAAAAGAAAAAAAAAAUUCUCAACAGAUUCGUCUCAAGAAUGAUGAGAAUAGUGCGUGCAGAGAUGUGGGGGAUUUGAAAUAGUGCUGUGAAAAUAAUGAUGGAGUAGACGAUGCAUUGCAAUGAUCGUUUUCUUUGAGCCCACGGAUAUGCGAUUCGCCGCAAAACCCUUCAACGCAUCUGAUAACGCUUGUAAGGUCAUUCGCUUCCUUACCCCCAACCUGUACGAAUUGCGGGAAAUAGCCCGCCAUUUCGGCUACAAGGAACCCAUCGCCAACACUUUGGUGGAGAACUUCAGUCACCUGGACGAGCUACUGGGAGAAGUCCGAAAACUGGGCACGUUUGUCGGUGCCCAUAUCGACAACGUGAUUGUCACUCUGGGCUACUACGGAGUAGUAAUUGUUCGCCGAGCGUGUGAACACACACCGUUCUUCGAUUCGAGAGGCGCUUAUCAACGCCAGCCCGGUGACGAACUGCAAGUGCGGUUCUAUCCGGGCCGCAAGUUGGACUUCAUUGUUAAUGUUUCCGGUGCGGGCGACAGUUUUUCCAGUGGCUUCAUUUCGGCCAUGCUGGAGGGCCGUAUGGAACCGGUGUGCGUCGAAGUCGGAUUCGAAGCCGCCUGCUGUGCGCUCGGUUCCAAGGGGGCCGUGGCCGAUCUGUAUUUCGAUCGAAGCCACGCUUGCUGGGACAAGGAGGCGGGAGCCCGUUUCAUUGCCGUUGAAUAGGUGGAGAACUUGUUGCGCGAAUUAGCGUGGGAAUAGUCCAGCUGUUUCAUUCCGUAUUUUUAUGUGUAUUUGUUUAUCGAUUUUAUAAUGUGAAGGAAAAUAAGUUUCCCGGUGUAGUGUAAGACUCGGUGUAAGAUGCGGUUAUUAUUAA